AUGGCGCUGCUGCCAGACGAUGCUUACCAUCAAAUAUUUGCAAUUCUUCCACGGCAGACGUUGGCUAGCUGCAGACUCCUCAACAAGCGCGUAGGAAAUAUUGCAACAUAUCAUGCAUUCAGACAUAUGCGCUUGGAGGCGGCACUUGAUGUGCAUGGGUUCGUCAAUGUCGCCAAAUCUGAUCUGCUGCGGCCACUGGUUCGUGAGAUCACUGUAGAUACUUGGAUCGGGCCAGACUUCAAGUACAACUCAAAUCGGAAAUUUCGCCCACCCCGAGAUUUUUUCCGAGCGUUGGCAUAUAUCAGACGUUUUCAAGGGCUGACGGCUUUGAAUUUGAGAUUCACUAAGUGGUGUGGCAAUGAACGAAAUGGUUCAAUAGCGGAGGAGACUUACGACUUCAGGUAUCUGGUUCUCGAUAUCAUAUUCAGAAGUCUCGCAGGUAAUUGGCCUCAGGCAAACCGACCCUUACGCGAAGAAGGGCUGGUAGCAUUCGACCCAGAAGAUAGAGGAUCUCUACCUCCACUACCAACAGAGGGCAUUUUGGAACUAGACAACGAGUCAUUAGAGCCGAUUGAUAUCAGUAGUUUGACUGUGUCUAACCUGGCAGACUUCGAUGACGAGCGUUUGACUAAAUCCGAGAGCUUUAGGCAAGUCUUUUUAUCAAAGAGCUUGACUUCGCUCAAAUUGCUAGUCGCAACAGAAGACUCCCCGUCCUCUGCGGCUGCAAGGUGGUACCCCGAGAAAUACGACUUCUGCGCGGGUUUACCCAAUACCUGGCUGUCUCCUAACAUAGCACGAAACCUCAAAACCUUGUCACUUUAUUUUCGAGACUACUGGGGAUGGAAUCCGAAGAUGGACUUCCGCGCAGUCAAUCCGGGAAGAAGUGAACUCUCCGGAUUACCCAAUCUUCGUGUACUGGCACUAGGGAACUAUGUAUUCAGCCAUCAUUGGCAGGUUGAAUGGAUUGCAUCUUUUGUUGGCCAAAGUAACGGCCGGGAAGGCUUGGAGGAGUUAUACCUGGACGAUUGCCCCAUAAUGUGGCAGGCACGCACUGUCCAGCCUCUGGACGAGUCAAGUACCAUAUAUAAGUCACAAGACGGAGAAACAAUCACGCACUCUAAUUGGGGCUACCCGCUACGAGAAGUCAUGACAGGUGGGUAUCAGGAAUGGAACCCGGACAAAUUUGCCUAUCACCUAAGAUGGAAUCAAGUCCUUGACUAUUGGAAAACGAACCUGAAUUCCUUGAAAUCUUUCAGGAUGGGUCAUGACACUAUCGACAGUCCAACAUCAACAUAUGAAAGGGCGAGGUUAGCAACCAUCUGUCAACAUCGGCUCGAGGACACAACGUUCUUGGAUUACGACUGCCCAAGCCCGUCCAUGAUCCCUGUGUUCGGCUAUGGUCCACAAUUUGGUGUAGGUUUGGAACAUAAGCGUGAACACAUUCUUCAAUAUGUUCAUUUCGACAUCGGUUCAGGCCCAACUCCCUGGAUUGAACGUGACAACGGCCGCGACAUGAUUCGAGACGAGGGGUUCGAAGUGUACCAAGCAGCCAGACAGAGGGAUGAAAAAGCUUAUCAUGAUAUGAUGCAGAGUGUUCACCGAAGAACAGAAAUGGAGGCCUUCAAUCAUGAAUAA